GAGGUUACUGUUGAGGAUAAUUUCUCACAUCGAAGUAGACUACCGGACCAUGGUGAUGCUUGCUUCGGUGUCUUUGCCAAAAAACCAGAUACGCCUCGGUCAGUGACUCGCAAGCUUCGAUGCCUUCCCUUGAAUGAGCCACUUUGAACGAAAUGGCAGUACAGUAAUAUUAUGUAUACAGUAGCGUGCCAUCUGGUCGAAGCCCGUACAGGACAACUUAUUGGGAACUUCUUCCGUCCAAGAAUUUGGGAACCCCUGAAAAUGGCCAGCACCUAUUACGGCUUGAGUGAUCUGAAGGACCACCGAGGGACAGAAAACCUAUCGAAAGGCUAUCUAUAGAAUGAGAUGGGAUGAGGAACACAGCGAGCACGUCGAAAUACCAUGGAGAAACAGUCAUUAACCACGGUGGUGCAACAAACGACUUUGGAUGCAAUAUGAUGUACCUUCCUCGACUGAAGUUU